AUGGGUGAGAUUGGUGGCACUGAAGGUCAUUCAUCUGCCUCGGCUAACGAAAAGUGCCGAAACAAACGAAAAUGCUCGUCCGAUCUCACAUUCCACCCCCCGGACCUGCCACCGUCCUUAUCCAUGACCGAAUUCCCCAAGUACGAACUGCUCGAGCAGCACUUCCAGAGUGCGUUCAGACAACUGAGCUCGAUCCUCGAGAAAUCCAAGGACCUCAGUAAGGACAAAAAAGUGGAAAAACACGAGGUAGAUGAUGCCGAAUGGGACGACCCAAUCACCUUCCAGCUCGAGGAACUUCUGUCGAGCCUCUUGUCAACGACUUUCGCCAGUGCCGCCAAAAAGCUCGUUGGGUGUGGCUACACCGAAGAAACUGCCGAGUGGGCCAUCCUCAACAGCAGCAACUUUAACGGCACUAAUGAUGCCGAGUCCAGCAUCUUCGAAGGAGCUUUGGCUCUGCUGAAGAUGAACGAGCACGUGAAGAUGCCCAAGAAAACCGUGUUUGAAGGCCUCCGGAGCCUGGUCGAGUACACACUGCUCGAGAUGAUCCACGUUGUUCGAGAGCUCAGGCCCGAGCUGACCGUAACUGAGGUAAUGUGGUGCCUGUUGGUGAGUGACAUGGACCUUGCUACUGCAUGUGGGCUGAGAUGGAGCCCAGAAGAAGCCCACGGAGGAAGCCCGGUUGAACUUUCUGGAAAAUUAGGCGCCCUAAAGCCGGGGGAUCCACGGGCCCAGAUCUUUCACCCUGAGACGCCGACUGUUGGGCCGGCCCAAUACAGAAAGCCCGGCCCAGGCCCAGUUGGAUCGAGGAAAGAGGCUUCUAUCUCUCUUCAGGAACUGAAGGCGAGGUUUCCGGGCAUUGCUGACAUGGACGAGAAACCGGGGGCUGCCGGAGGCAAUAAAAAGGCGCCAGCUAUUCAUUUCAAGAGGGAUUUGCUCCGUCAGAAGGCCGUCCAUUUCGAGAAGAACUACAGAGGCCGGCUUACAAAAGGAAGCUUUAAAGCCAAAGUGGCUGCUUGGGGAAGCAUGGUCCUAGAUCAGACACUCAAGUCUCAGUCAGGUGUGGUAAUGAUGGAAAACUACUCGAGGUUAAGUAUCUCUGAACAAGAGGAAAAAAAUAUAGUCAAUCGACAGCUGGCCGAUAUAGAUCCGGUUUCUGCAUUUCCGGCUAGAAAUCCCGGCACUUGUCGGGGAGGAGGAGAGAAAGUCGUUAAGUUCCCCGAUCCUCCCAAAGAGCCGACCAAUUACUAUGCACAAAUCCCAUUUGACGAGAUUCUCCAGGAAUACGUGGCGAAGGAUGAAAAAGAUAAGUUGCUGUUGAUGAUCGUGCCCCUCAAGGCUGAGCUCGAGAGGGAGCUUCAAGGGUGGUGUAACUGGGCGAACGAGAAAGUCAUGCAGGCGGCCGGGAAGCUCAUGAAGGAACACGCUGAACUAAAAACACUUAGACAAGAGAAAGAGGAUAUCGAGAAAUCUAAGAAGGAUAAACAGACUGUGGAGGAGAGUAUGGUUAAGCGUCUGGCAGAAAUGGAUAACGCACUGGCUAACACGACAGGUCAGAUCGAGCUGACCAGCUGUACCGUUAGGCGGCUUGAAGUCGAAAAUAAUGUGCUGAGGAGGGAAAUGGAGGAUGCUAGGAUGGAGGCUCGUGGGUCGGCGGUUAAAUUGGAGGAGGCUGUUGCGAAGGAGCAGGAGAUGAUGAAGAAAUUGCAGGUUUGUGAGGUAGAGAAGGGUUUGAUGGUUGAGAAAUUGAGUAUUACGAGACGGGAAAAGGCUGAGUUGGAGAGUCGGAUUGGGAAGAUGAAAAAUCGGCAGAAUCAGUUCAAGGUCCUGUUGAGGCAGGAAGAGAAAGAGAGAGUAAAAGCAGAAAAACUACUUGAUUCUCUGAGGGGGGAAAGGGAGAAAGUAGAGACCCUGAUGAAAGCAGAAGUUGACAACAUAAACCGAACGGCGCAGGUGAAAAAACACAAGUUUGAAGAAGACAUCAAGAAUCUCCAAAGUAUGAUAUCCGAAUUGAAGAUGGAAUCGGACAAGGAAAAAAUAGCUGCUCUAAGUGCGGGCUACGGCCCGAAUGUCCCUAAAUACAGAGGAGAGAGAAUGGCAGUUUUUCAGGAGAUUUUCGGGACUGGUGAUGUGAAGGAGGAGAGAGAGUGUGUGAUGUGCAUGACAGACGAGAUUUCGGUUGUUUUCUUGCCGUGUGCUCAUCAGGUUCUUUGCGGAUCGUGCAAUGCUCUUCACGAGAAGGAAGGUAUGAAGGAUUGCCCGUCUUGUCGGGAGACUAUCAAGAAACGGGUUUCUGUCAGUUUUCGGGAGUAA